ACCGCAGCACGCUUGCGGUUUGGGAUUUGGCGAACACAACCCAGGGAGGCGGAGAAAGGGUGGCAUCUCGGACGCGGCGUGGGAUGAAGAGGAGGGGUGAUGCCGUACUUCCAGAGCGAGCGAAAACCGGCGCGGUUCAAGACCAAGCACUUGCCAAGAGGUGGCCACUCGUCCCGCAACAGGGGCGGCCCCCGUGUGGGUUUUGCGGUCAACUUUCGCCGCCCACACGCCCACUCGAAGGCUGGCCCCGUCGUGAAACCGAACUACGAGCGGCGCGAGCCUCCAAGCAACCCGCCUCUCGUGCCGGGCCUGUUCCCGGAGCAAGGGGGGGAUGGGGGACGGUACCUCGUCCCAUUUUGCUCGACCGCUUGUCGGCCUCGACACCCCCACCACCCAGGCCAGAUCUCGAGUAUAUAGGAUGGUCCUUCUCUCUCUCGCCUCCUUCUGCCCUCUGCGUUCCCUCUCUCCCUCUCUCUUCCAUACUCGCAGCGGAGUUUUGGGUCGACCGUGAUUCUCCCCAGCAGCGAACCCUCCCGAUAUCAAGACGUCGACUCUCCCGAUUUCAAACCAACCACCAGCCACCAUGUCGCACCUCGCGCCCGAGCCCGAGUUCGAGCAGGCGUACAAGGAGCUCGUCCUCACCCUCGAGAACAGCACCCUUUUCCAGAAGCACCCCGAGUACCGUACUGCUCUCAAGGUCGUCUCGAUCCCCGAGCGUGUCAUCCAGUUCCGCGUCGUUUGGGAGGACGAUGCCGGCAAUGUUCAGGUCAACCGCGGCUACCGUGUGCAAUUCAACUCCGCUCUCGGCCCCUACAAGGGUGGCCUGAGACUGCACCCCUCGGUCAACCUCUCGAUUCUGAAGUUCCUUGGUUUCGAGCAGAUCUUCAAGAAUGCGCUCACUGGCCUGAUGAUGGGUGGUGGUAAGGGUGGAGCCGACUUCGACCCCAAGGGCAAGAGUGAUGCCGAGAUUCGUCGCUUCUGCGUCGCCUUCAUGCGCGAGCUCUCCAGGCACAUCGGUGCCGACACCGACGUUCCCGCUGGUGACAUUGGCGUCUCGGGCCGCGAGAUCGGCUACAUGUUUGGCGCCUACCGCCGGGAGCGCAACAAGUUCGAGGGUGUCCUCACCGGCAAGGGCCUCGACUGGGGUGGAUCUCUGAUUCGCCCCGAGGCUACCGGCUACGGUCUCGUCUACUACGUCGGCCACAUGAUCGAGCUCGCCGGCGCUGGCAACUGGGAGGGCAAGCGCGUCGCCAUCUCUGGCUCUGGCAACGUUGCGCAGUACGCCGCCCUGAAGUGCAUCGAGCUCGGUGCCACUGUCGUCUCGCUCUCCGACUCCAAGGGCUCGCUCGUCGCGGUCGACGACGGCUACGUCACGGUCGAGGACAUCGAGGCCAUCAUGGACCUCAAGGUCAAGCGCAAGGCUCUGUCCGAGUACACCCCCAAGGGCAAGCUCAGGUACAUCGAGGGCGCCCGCCCGUGGCUGCACGUUGGUCACGUCGACGUCGCCCUGCCGUGCGCGACCCAGAACGAGGUCAACAAGGAGGAGGCGCUCGCCCUCGUUGCCGGCGGUACCCGCUUCAUUGCUGAGGGCUCCAACAUGGGCUGCACGCUCGAGGCUAUCGAGGUCUUUGAGAACGAGCGGCGGGCCAAGAAGGGCGAGGCUAUCUGGUACGCUCCGGGCAAGGCGGCCAACUGCGGCGGCGUCGCCGUCUCUGGUCUCGAGAUGUCGCAGAACAGCCAGCGUCUCUCGUGGACCAAGGAGGAGGUCGACCAGAAGCUCAAGGACAUUAUGAAGAACGCUUUCGAGCUCGGCGUUGCUACCGCCAAGAAGUACGUCGAAUCCAGCGAGGGCGAGCUUCCCAGCCUGGUUGCUGGCAGCAACAUUGCCGGUUUCGUCAAGGUCGCCCAGGCCAUGUUCGAGCACGGCGACUGGUGGUGAGCGCGGGGCUAUCGCGCGAAGCAGCAGCCUUUCGUUUGAGAGCACGCAUCUUUUUUUUCCUUCCUUAUUUUAAUUUCCGGUUUUCGGUCAGUUGGCGUUUUUGGUUGUUCACAUGGAACGGAGUUGGAUUAGACGAGUUCACGACAUGAUUCCUUGGGUUCGCCCGCUGCGGGCUGUCAAUAUCCGGUCGUCUCUGCAAAGUGUGGGAAUUGGGGGAAUACUAUUCACGGGUACAUACAUAGACCAGCGAUCAGCGUUUGCAUACCAAGGUAGCAAUUCAUAAACUCAUUUGAAUCAUCACUG